UUUGUCGGGGAAGAUAUGAGAGGCGAGGAUUGCCUGCAGCUUGGGAGAUACAGAUUAACAGAGUUGGAAGGGACCUUGUAGGUGUCAGGCCUGCCUCCGUUCAAAACCCAAGAAGGAAAACCCUCGACUCCAUUGUUAUAGAGAAGAGGUCCUUUUCAACUGAGUUUGAAAUGAUAACAGUGAAAGCAAGGCAAGAUCUGAUUCAAAAGGUCAUUAGCUGGAAGUGAGAAGAGAAGUUCAUUUUGUGACUGAAGAAAAAUCCUAUUGAAUACAAUGGCCCUGAUGCUACUCAGUCGGCACGCAACAUGGUCACUGCAACAGAGUUCCAGGAUGUUCGCAGGAGGGCUCCGAGGAAUCAGCCAAGUGGCAGCUAAAAUUGACAUGGAAUUUGACUAUGAUGGGCCACUGAUGAAGACCGAAGUCCCUGGACCGAGAUCCAGGGAACUAAUGAAACAGUUGAAUGGAAUUCAGAAUGCCGAGGCAGUCCACUUUUUCUGCAACUACGAAGAAAGCCGAGGAAAUUAUCUGGUGGAUGUUGAUGGAAACCGGAUGUUGGAUCUCUACUCUCAGAUUUCAUCCAUCCCGAUUGGCUAUAGCCACCCAUCUCUGAUCAAACUUUUGCAACAGCCCCAGAAUCUGAGCACUUUUGUCAACAGACCUGCCCUGGGAAUUUUGCCUCCAGAAAAUUUUGCUGAAAAGCUAAAGGAAUCUUUGCUUUCGGUCGCUCCUAAAGGUCUCUCUCAAGUAAUAACCAUGUCCUGUGGAUCUUGCUCCAAUGAAAACGCCUUUAAAACCAUAUUUAUGUGGUACAGGAACAAAGAAAGAGGAGACAACAGAGUUACCAAAGAAGAGUUGGAGACCUGCAUGAUUAACCAGCCCCCAGGUUGCCCGGAAUACAGCAUGCUUUCCUUUAUGGGUGCAUUUCACGGGAGAACCAUGGGCUGUUUGGCCACUACGCACUCCAAGGCCAUUCACAAGCUGGACAUCCCGUCCUUUGACUGGCCCAUCGCUCCCUUCCCAAGGCUGCAGUACCCGUUGGAGGACUUUGUGCGAGAAAACGAGCAGGAGGAAGCGCGCUGCUUAGAGGAGGUGGAAGAUUUGAUCGUUAAAUACAGGAAAAAGAAUAAAGUGGUUGCAGGCAUCAUUGUGGAGCCCAUUCAGUCCGAAGGGGGGGACAAUCACGCAUCAGAUGACUUUUUUAGGAAAUUGAGAAACAUCGCAAGAAAGCACGGCUGUGGUUUCUUGAUAGACGAGGUACAAACGGGAGGUGGCUGUACCGGCAAAUUCUGGGCCCACGAACAUUGGGGGCUUGAAGAUCCAGCAGACGUCCUGACAUUCAGCAAGAAGAUGAUGACCGGAGGGUUUUUCCAUAAAGAAGAAUUUCGGGCCAAUGCACCAUAUAGGAUUUUUAACACGUGGCUUGGGGAUCCUUCCAAGAAUCUUCUGCUAGCGGAGGUCAUUAAUGUCAUAAAAAGGGAAGAUCUUCUGAGCAACGUCACCCAUGCCGGGAAGGUCCUGUUGAUGGGGCUGCUAGAAUUACAGAGUCGCUAUCCCCAUCUGAUCAGCCGAGCCCGGGGACGAGGGACGUUCUGCUCUUUUGACACUCCAAAUGACACAAUUCGGAACAAGCUCAUUGAAAUAGCAAGAAACAAAGGUGUGGUAUUAGGCGGCAGUGGGGACCGAUCGAUCCGUUUCCGACCCACUUUGGUCUUCCGAGACCACCACGCACAUAUUUUCCUGAACAUCUUCAGCGAUAUCCUGGCAGAUUUCAAGUAGCCAGGAUCUCGCCUUGCACCAAGAGAGGCCAAAUAUCUUCUCAGAAUCGGAGAAUAGUUUAUUUAAGAUCAUAAAUAUAUAUGUAUAUACAUAUAAUAUAUAUUUUCACUAAUAGGAAAGAUGGAAUUCAUAAAGUGCUUUUUUUUUUUUUUUUUAAAGAUUGGUUUGAUCAUGCUCACCUCCAGCACAAACUGCUUCUGGCUUAAAAAAAUAAUAAUAUCUGGACACGCUUUUGAUGUCCACGGCCGUCUCCUUUGACCUAGCAAAGGCUAAGUGAUUGGUUUUCGGGUUUCAAAGCUUGGCCUGGGAUUUGAAUUCCUGGGUAUGUUUUCUUGCAACGGGUUUCUAGCGCUCGAGCCUGGAAAAUGUACUUCUACUGCCAUGGAUCCAGAGCACUGUUGAAAGAUAGAGAAUGAUGGUGGACUUCCAAGGAGAAAGCAGCUGUUGGAUACACCCAUGUCUGUCUCCGGAAUACCUUUGCAGAGUGCGGUCUCUUCUGAAGCACACAUGGAAACUCAAAAUCCCUCCACGUCGCGCGUCUGCUAACAUCCGACUGUUAUUUGCAGCGCCUCUGAGGGGCUACAGGCCUCUGCAAAGGAGGUUAGGGAUCCUGGAAGACUCACAGCAGCUGUUCCAAGCCGUGAUCCUCCUCAUCUCUUUUACAGAAGAGUUGCUGAUGUGGAUUUGGGACUUUGCAGGUGCCAACUUCCUUCCCUGCUUUGUUGCUUGCAAACCGAUUGCCGUCAUUGCUUUUAUUUUACAUUUUUGGGGCAUCUUCACUUGGACAUGCCGAUGGCACUUCCUUUGGUGACAAAACAGGGUUUUUUAAAAAAAAAAUCAGAAGGACAACCCCCCAGGUGUUUGGAAGGACUCUUUGGCAGAAACAGGGUAGAAUAUUUGCAAUUGUGGAGGGGGGCAAUGUGUCAAAUGGAGCCAAGAAAAUGAGAAAAGCCAUCACCUUCUACAGCUGUGGUGCAUUGUCUGGGGCUUCAUAACGGCACCCAGCCCUCCCCAUCCAUGGCUGCAGCCUCUAGAACCCUCCAAAAGACGUCGUCUUACUGCAUUUUUUUUUUAAUACAGCAGAAGGGAAAUGUGCAUUUGGGGGAUGAUUGUAUGAAUUCUAAUGUAAGCUUAACUCAAUUCUGUUGUAGCUUUGUCCUUUGAAGUGGAAUCCAAAGCUCACAUGUGGUCUUUGUGACCAGUGAUACCUCCUUCCGUGGAGUCUUUGGAAGAAUGAUCCCAAUCAGAUCGCAAAACGAGAGCAUUUAUAAGCCUUGGCAACCUGUGAUUUGGCCCCUGUGUUUGGUAUUUCUGCAGCCCUCCCCUUCAUGCAUUGAGGUCAGCUUUGUCCAUCUCGGUUUAUGAGGAAGAAGUUUAUGAGAAUAGAUUCUGAAGCCUUUCCAACAGGAAAGCUGCCUCUUGAAGGGAUUGGAAAUGAAUCAGACUGUACGUAAGAGCCGUGGUGGCACGGUGGUUAGACUGCAGUACUGCAGGCUACUUUUGCUGCCUGCCGGCUGCCUGAAACUUAGCAGUUCAAAUCUCACCAGGCUAAAGGUCGACUCAACCUUCCAUUCUUGGUGGGUAAAAUGAGGACCCAGAUUGUUGGGGGCAAGAGGCUGACUCUGCAAACCACUAGAGGGGACUGUAAAGCACAGUGAAGCGGUAUGUAAGUCUUCCUGUUCCAAAUGAGGCCCUCAUGAAAACAGGAAUAUUUGAAACGUUCUCCUGUGCUUUUUAACCAGAAUCCCAACCUGCAAGCUAGUUUAUGAAGAGGCGAGUGCAUGGAUAGAAAGUGACCUGGUUACAGAUAGUCCUCGAUUUAUGACCACAACUUAUGGUCCCAAAUUUCUGUUGCUGUUGCUAAGCAAGACAGUUGCUGAGUGAGUUGUGCCCCAUUUUACGACUUUUCUUGCCACAGUUGUUAAGUGAACUACUGCAGUUGUUAAGUUAGGAACACGGUUGUUUAAGUGAAUCCGGCUUCCCCAUUGACUUUGCUUGUCAGGUCGCAAAGGGGGAAUCACGUGACACUGCGACCGUCAUAAAUGUGAGCCAGUUGCCAAAUGUCUGAAUUUUGAUCCUGUGACCAACGGGGAUGCUGCAGUGGUCGUUAAGUGUGAAAAAAUGGUCAUAAGUCACUUUUUUUCAGGGCUGUUGUAACUUUGAACAGUCACUUAAAUCAGCUGUUGUAAGUCGAGGACUUCCUGUAUGUACCCACAACCCCCUGCAAAUGUCACUGGAGCAAAAUAUUUCCCCCUACCGUGCUUCUGUCAUCCCUGGACAAGUUCAGAAGUUAUGGGAUGGGGAAUCUGAUGACCUUUGAGAUUACAGAAGAUGAGGACAAAAGACCAGAAGCUAACAAUAUUAAAAACCUCUCCAAUCCCUCAUUUUCCCUCCAUCCCACCAACUUGGAAGGCCAGGGGGGCUGUCGCCAGUUUGUAGUGAUGGAGGGUGCCAAAAAAGAGCACAAAAAACGGCAAGGGGCCACUUGGGUUCCAUUCUUGCAAGAAUUGGAUCUAGUGAGAAGGAAACCAGUGAUUCUCAGGCUGGACAGAACUGCCAUCUGUCAGAAAUGGCGUAGGGUCUCCUGCUUGGAUUGGAUCAGAUGACCUACAAGAGGUCCCUUCCAACUUUGUUAAUCUGAAUAUAGAACCAUUUUGCAAACCUAGAGCAGAUAUGUCCCAUUCUCAAGGACGAAAAGAAAAUAACCAAAUUUCCAGAGUGUCUCAGAAAGGGCCUAGAAUUUAAACCAUGUAAGGGAUACAGAAAAAUAAAAUAACUAAUUUAGCUGUGUCAAA